AUGUGCUGAGAUACCAGCUUCUAUAAUACCACCUGCUAAGUUAGGGACUUGCUUGUCAGUAGAUGGGCAUCGUCAUGAGAAUGAAGAAAGUUGGCAUGAUGGCUGCCGUGAUUGUUAUUGUCAUAAUGGACGGGAGAUGUGUGCUUUGAUUACUUGUUCCGUACCCAACUGUGGCAAUCCAACAAUACACCCAGGACAAUGUUGCCCAUCAUGCCCAGAUGAAUCCAUUGCACAGAAGCCAGAAAUCAGUGGUCCAACCAUUUGUUAUGUUCCAGGAGGAGAGUAUUUUAUGGAAGGAGAUACAUGGAACAUUGAUUCGUGUACCCAGUGUACAUGUCAUAAUGCAAGAGUCUUAUGUGAAACCGAAGUUUGUCCCCCUCUACUUUGUCGAAAUCCUACACGUACUCAAGACUCAUGUUGUCCCCAGUGUCCAGAUGAGCCUAUUCAGCCUUCCUUGUCAACCAAUAAGAGCAUGCCCAGUUACUGCAAAAAUGAUGACGGUGAUAUCUUCUUAACCGCUGAGUCGUGGAAACCAAAUGUUUGUACCAGUUGCAUUUGUCUGGAUGGUGGAAUCAGCUGUUAUUCUGAAUCUUGCCCACCAGUAUCCUGUGAAAGACCUGUUUUGAGGAAAGGGCAGUGUUGUCCUUACUGUAUAGAAGACUCGGCAGCAAAGAAGGCAGUUUGUCAUUUUAAUGGAAAAACCUACGCGGAUGAAGAACGUUGGGACAUUGAUAGCUGCACUCAUUGCUACUGCUUGCAGGGUCAGACGCUUUGUUCCACAGUUAGUUGCCCCUCUCUUCCUUGCGUGGAACCAAUUAAUGUGGAGGGAAGUUGCUGUCCCAUGUGCCCAGAAAUGUAUGUACCUGAACCUACCAACAUUCCAAUUGAGAAGACAAAUCAUAGAGGUGAUAAAGAACUAGAAGCACCAAUCUGGCCUACCUUCAGUGAAAAUGAUGUUGUCCAUAUCCAUAAAGAUAUGGGUCACCUUCAGGGCGAAUAUAGAGAAACGAAAGGAUCACAGCCAAGUGCAGAAGCAUCUCUUGAUUCUCUUGCCUGGGUAACCGUACCCCUCUUAACAGCUCUAGUUCUUAUAAUUGCACUUUUGUUUAUCAAUCAGAAAAAGCAAUGGAUACCAGUAUCCUGCUACAGAACUCCAGCAAAGCCUUCCUGCUUAAAUAAUCAAUUAGUGUAUGUGGACUGCAAGAAAGGCACCAUGGUUCAGGUGGACAGUUCUCAGAGAAUGCUUAGAAUUGCUGAUCCAGAUUCAAGAUACAGUGGAUUCUACAGCAUGCAAAAACAGAGUAACUUACAAGCAGAUAAUUUCUAUCAGACAGUGUGAAAAACUGCAACUCUUACCAAGACGUUAAGAAGAAACAAAGGCUGAGUCUGCUAUUCAAAUAAAAUUAGAAUCAUGCACUUGCUUAGUGGAUUGUAUUGGAUUUGUGACUUCAUGUACAGCUCUAAGACCUUGUUGGGAUUGACUCUGAUUCCUGCAGUGUGCCAGAACAAGCAUUCCCACUUCUGACCAAGUGUUUUCCUGGAACCAAAGUUUUAAAAUUUGUUGAUGUUUUGCUUGUAACAUAGUAAUCAUGAUUGUUUGGGAAGAGAAAACUGGGGUAAACUUGCGUGGUUAGAACAAGAAGCUGCAAAGAAUAGCUGGUCAGCUUAGCUUGGAGUCAAAUAAUAUCGCUUUUUGCUGACACUCCAAAUUGCAUUUAUUGCAGUGAAGUAUAAGCAGAACCCUAACAGAAUUCAAAUCAGAACAUUGGAGGUGCUUAUGCUGCUAAAGUAAAUCCGUAGAGUAAUCUAUUGCAUGAUAGGUGCAGAAUAGCUGCAGCUCUAUUUUAUUAUCUGGUCUGAAGCUGCAAUAGUAAAUGAAUGAUACAGUGAGGAAAACGUUAAAACAAAAAGGGCAAAUAUAUUGAAGAUAAGUACAAUUAUACAUUGUGCUGCUUUUUGUUUUUCAUUUUGAUGCUAAUUGACCAGACUGGCAGUUAGCAAAUGUAUAAUUCCUGAGAAGAGCACUGGAUCCUUUGGCAACAGUAUUGAAGGGGGAGAGGAAAAGUUAAACACCGUUUGAUUCCAGAACUCUGGGUGUGUGCGCGCGCAUGUAUGUGUUUCUUUUACUGUUUUAUCAGUUUCAGGUGGUUCACACACCAAAUUAUCUUUGAAGAAAAUGAUCUUGUUGGAUGAAGAUCUAGCUCAGAUUCAUUUUUGUAUCAUGUUAAAAGGGGGG